CACAAACACACACGUAUAUUGCCUACACAACACUCCCACUGCCAUUCCUCACGCAACUUCCACCCACUUCUCCUUAUAUACCCUCUCCACAUCCCUCACUCUCUCAUUCUAACAAACCAUCUCUUUUCUUGCUCACUUUCUCUCUCUAUUGCUACAUCUAUUCUCUGCUAUGGAUAUUGAAAUUCUCAGCUCUCCAACCAUGGCCUCUCCUUCGUUCCACUACGACGAAGCAGACCUCCACUCUCUCGAGCCAUGGACCAAGAGAAAGCGAUCAAAGCGUCCAAGAAUCGAAGGCCCAACAACGGAGGAAGAGUAUCUGGCUCUCUGCCUCAUCAUGCUCGCUCGCGGCGGCGCCGCCUCCACCACCGACGAUCAGACCGACUCUCCACCGUCUCCCAAACUCUCUUACAAGUGCAGUGUCUGUGAUAAAGCCUUUUCAUCUUACCAAGCUCUCGGUGGUCACAAGGCCAGUCACCGGAAAGCCGCAGCCGCCGCCGCCUCUGAAGACAACCCCUCCACCUCCACCACCAACACCACGACGACGACGACGAUAACCACUUCCGCCACCGUUCUAAACCCAAGUGGUCGGACCCACGAGUGCUCCAUCUGCCACAAGGUCUUCCCCACCGGGCAAGCCCUCGGCGGCCAUAAGCGCCGUCACUACGAAGGCGGCAAAGGCAACGGCACCGGCAACGGAAACGCCGGAGCCGGCAGUGGCAUGGCGACGUCUGAGAGCGCAGGGUCUACUCACAGUCACCGGAACUUCGACUUGAACUUGCCGGCCUUGCCGGAAUUCCAUCUGGGGUUGAACGUUGACUGCGGUAGAAAAAGUCAACUUACCGGUGAACAAGAAGCGGAGAGUCCUCUGCCGACUAAGAAACCGCGUUUAUCAAUUAUGGAAAAUUGAAAUCUCCCUCAAUUUGAUUAGAUUAUGAUUUGAUUUUCAAUUUGUUUGUUGAUAAAUGUAAUUCAUUCAUUGAUUCAUUUAUAAAAUAAAACUGUGAUUAUUAUUGUUGUUAUUAUUAA